AUGUUGCAGAUCAAAAAGGAAUCUAUAAAAAGGGAGAGCCCCGAGGCCCCUACUCCUGAUAGUACGACUGUUGAAAACAAGAGUUAUAUUUGUGGAGAAGAAGUAUUGGUUCAUCUAAAUGAUGAACGAUUUUAUUUAGGAUUUAUAGCAAAAUUGAGGUAUAAAGAAUCUAAAUGCUUAGUUAAGUUUGGUGAUAAUACAGUAAAAUGGGUAUUCUUAAAAAAUGUUACACGGAUGACAUGUACAAGUACCACUACCCAAUUUUGCAAUGUGUGCAAUAUCGAGGCUAUGCCAGAUGAUAUUUGUGUAUGUGAUAAAUGUGCUAAUGUAUACCAUCGCAAAUGCCACAAGCCGGAAGUUGAAGUUACAGAUAUUACUGUAUGGAUAUGUUUUCAAUGUAAAGAAAAACAACAGAUUAAUAGACUGCAAAUUACAAAUUCUGUAUCAAGCACAAUUGUUCCAAAAGUUGUUAAACUACCUUAUGAUUUGAAUGCUUUACAAUGGGAUAUACAUCACCGUAUUAACAAUUUAGGAACCUAUUGCUAUUGUGGAGGACCUGGUGACUGGUUCAUCAAUAUGCUGCAAUGUGGUAAAUGUUUACAAUGGUUUCAUGAAAAAUGUGUCACUUCAUUGAUAUAUCCUCUGUAUCUUGGCGAUAGGUUCUAUGUCUUUUUGUGUUCAGUGUGCAAUGUAGGUACAGAGUUUGUACGUCGUAUUGAAAUGGAAUGGUCGGAUUUAGUUCAUCUUGCCCUUUUUAAUAUGACUGCUUAUAAACCACAGAAAUAUUAUGAUGUGGACAUAAAUAUACUUCCAUACUUAGAUAAUCAUUGGACUUCAAUGUAUCUACCUCCUAAAAUUCUUAAUGUUCCUGUUGAUGACAGGAAAGUUUAUGUUGUCAAUUCCCUGCUCAAAGACACCAAUCAUAGGUUUGAAUUCCAGGGUAAAAAACCCACCAAUAUGUGGGGACUCCGACUGAAGUUGCCACCUAAGCCCCCACGUUUUACGUUACCCGCAGAAGUUCCAAUUAAUGAGAAUCUUUUGCAUCAUCAAUUGCGCAAUAAACUUAACCUCAGUAUAUUACCACCUCCAAAAAAGACUGAUCUUGUAAUAAAUGAACGACUUACCGAGUCAAUGUAUUCAGUAGAAGGAUUGAAAUUUUUACAUCAAGAUUCACAUGUUGUUAUGUUACCAAAAGGCCUUCCAUCAAUUGGACAUAAUGUAUGUAUUAAAAGUGCCAGUCCAAUUGUACCUGUUCCAAGAUCUGUAAUUGAAAGACGGAUUAGGCAACAACAAAUAGAGACAAAUAAACGAAGUUCUCGAAGUUCGAGUGUCGUUACUAAUAAAGUUAAAAAAUCAAUAAAAAAAGAAAAAGUUCCUGAAAGUCGAUCACCGUUCGAUCUCAGUUCAACUGAGAGUACUCCAGAAAAAUAUAUAUCGGCAUCUGAAGGAGAACUGACUAGUGAUGAUGAACCAGAUGAUGAUGAAGACCUUGAUGAUGAAGAUGAUAUUGAUUCGUUGCGUACAACGGACCUUCAAAGCCGCCGUAGUCAGAGACUUCGACUUAGUGUCAACCGUUUAUUAAAUGGACGACCACUUGCUAGAUCAUCGCUUCCUCGUGAGACUCGUUCUGCUUCAUCAAUUACUUUGCCACUUUCUUUAGCACCUGUAAUUACUCAACCUCAAGUUCGCACUACCAAACGACGUUUAAGUGAAAAAGAUUUGCGUGUUGAUCGUAAUGGACAGUAUUUAGUUAAACGCAAGAGGUUACGUCGAAAUGGCUUACAGAAUAGCGGUUUGACUCCGACAAAACGCCAGUCUAAGACCAACUGCAAUGGUCGUCCAAUGUAUAAAUCUUAUUCAGAUUUCUUUGCAAAUCACAGUCACUCUGUAAAUAGACCUUGUUCACCUGAGAAUGCUGUAGACUCUACAGCUGAUCUUAAAACUCUUGUACAUUCGUAUUUCGGUGCUAGUAAUAGAAUUGCUAAUGGUGAAGAAUAUACUAUAUUAUGUAAAAGAACUAACCCAGAUGGGUCAGAAGAAUUUUUAAUUAGAUGGGAUUAG